CUUAGUUUCUUUAGUUCUUUGCUAUUGCUUAAACUUUGCAGUCUGUUGUGAUGGAUAUAGGGACUUCUAUUGCUUAAACUUUCAGAAGUCUUUUAUCAUCGGAAGUAAUAGAUAGUGAUUCUUAGAUGGGCAGAAAAGAAACUCUUUUAUUUUGUGUUGUCAUGAAUGUUCUCUUAUUGCUUUGUGUUGUUAGAGGCUCAAAUCUGAUUUCUGAAGUGUUCUUUAUGAUCUGUUAUGUAGAUUUUAUAUUACUGUUUGAGUGAGAUGCGGCGUUUAAUUGUUUCUUAUGUUACAAAGACAAUUGACAUCCUUGCACGGUGCUCUCUCCAUCGAAAUCAAUGUUUUGGCAGGAUUGGACACAAUAAAAUGGCAGGAGCACAGCUCAAAGCUGAACCCCGCUGGGCUGAUCUUCCUACUGAACUAAUUACAGCAAUUGCUGACCGUUUAGGCUUAAUUGAUCUUCUCAGAUUUCGCAGUGUCUGUAAGAGUUGGCAUUGUGCUGCUUCCAGAUGUUCAGCUCACAUCGAGUCCUCACCUGAUUUUGAACCUUGGUUUAUCCUUUAUGGUGAGGAUUCACAAUGCAUUUUGCUUACCGGAUCCGGCAAAAGCAAAUCCCAAAAGAAGUACAACAUCAAUAUCCCAGAAUUCAACGGGGCAACAUGCAUUGCAUCCAGGGAUGGGUGGCUUCUUUUACAGCAAGAAACCACAAUUUUCUUCUUCUGCCCCUUCUCCCGCUCUAGAAUAGACCUUCCUCAGUUUCCCAACUCAGAGCAACAUGACUACAUUGGUGCAUUUUCAUCUCCUCCUACAUCAAAAGAUUGCAUAGUUUGUGUUGUUUGCAAGAAUGAUAAAUGGGAAGUGGAAGUACAAUUGCUUUAUCGUGGAUCUUAUGAAUGGACUAUGCACAAAUUUAGUUGCUACAGAUACACGUUUAAACAGAUCAAAGCAGUAGCUUAUCAAGUAGAUGAAAAAAAAUUCCACAUUUUUGAUGAGAUAAAUGGGUUGAUCAUGUUUACUCCAGAAGAUGGAAACUGGAAAAUACUUCGUAUACUUGAUGCGUCGAGUAAUAAGUCACGAGAAGACGUUGAAAGGCUACCAUUUCAUCUUUGGAGGGAGAGUUUUAAAAUGGAGAGCAUGAAGGCAAAGUUGGGUUUGGCAGGGGAUGUCUCCAUUGAUACUUGUGGAACAGUGGUAUCAGGUGGAAGACGUAAUUAUAUACAUGACAUGGUAUUUUUCAAUGAGAAUAUCUCUCAACAAUCUGACAGCCAAAGCCAAAGUCGUCGCCUUAAAGGAGCUUGGAUUGAACCUCGAUUCUAUGAAAUUUCCCCAGAAGUGAGCUGGGAUCUCUGAGAAAUUGACUCUAUCUUUGAAUAAUUGCUAUACUUAUAGUAUUAAUUUAUUGUUUUCAUUGUUGCUAGGAUACAUUACAUUGAAGAAUAAUUAAUUUUAUGGUUUAAAUGGAGGAAAUAUUCCUCUGUUGCUUUGCUAUGUUUUCAUAUAUGUUAGCAGCGUCUCACCAAAGGUGGUAGUAGUUGGUCAACUUGUGUUAGUAAGAAUUUUAUGCAGAAGUUAUUUCUA